CUCUCUCUCUCUCUCUUUCUCACUCUGCAACUUGCAAAGUUCUCCUUUUAAGUUUCUCUGCUUUCCAGAAAUGGCGAGGAUGGGAGAAAUAUUGAUGCUGUCUGGGCCAAAGGCAGGAAGCUUUUAAGAGCUUGGCAGAGAAAACAUACCCUUGCAAGGAUUACAAUGCCGGUUCCUCUUGCUCCAUACCCGACGCCCCCAGUGCCAUUUACACAGCCUGCAAAUGGUGCACAGAGCCAACUUGUAUGUUCUGGUUGUCGAAACCUUCUACUCUAUCCAGUUGGAGCAACUUCUGUAUGCUGUGCUGUUUGCAAUGUAGUCACAGCUGUUCCACCGCCUGGCACAGAAAUGGCUCAGCUGGUCUGUGGGGGCUGCCACACCUUACUCAUGUACAUCCGUGGAGCAACAAGUGUACAGUGUUCAUGUUGUCACACUAUCAAUCUAGCCUUGGAAGCAAAUCAAGUUGCACAUGUUAAUUGCGGGAAUUGCCGGAUGCUGUUGAUGUACCAAUAUGGAGCUAGAUCUGUAAAAUGUGCAGUUUGCAAUUUUGUGACAUCUGUUGGGGCCUCAACAAGCUCUACUGAACACAAGUUCAACUGCUAAAAGUGAUGAGAAGUUCUGUUAUUACAGACUCUACAGCUUUGGUUCUUAUGUACAUGGUAUUCCACAUGAUUGCAUCCCUCAACAAGAAGAGAACUCUCCUCAGGCCACAUGUAUAGAGUUAUUUUCCAUUUGCGCGAUCUAUAAGAAUAAUUAGCUUUACCAGCAGGUUGGGUGUGUGAACGGCAUUCUAUGAGAAGAUUUUUAGGCUGUGAGUUCAUUUGAAAAUUUUUGGAUAAGAAAAACUUUGUUUUCUUUUACUUUGACAAGUGUGUAUUGUAUGGGUGGCAUCAAGGACACUGGAUCUAUUUAUUUUCAUUAACUUUUAUGUUUCUUGAACUGCCAAAAGUUCCAGAUACCCACUGA